GUCCUCAUCAGACAAGACUAGACUUGUAAUGACGAGGAAAUGAAUACUUUAGAAGUAUGAACGAAAGAACUUAUUUGAAUCAUUGAGACUUUUGAGUCAGAAAAGUUUGUUUCGUUAACAGUAUGUUCAGCUCAACUUGAAAACAUGUCGUUGAUUUUAAAUUUCCUGAUUUGUUUCGGUUUUUAUCGAGACAUGGAGACAGGAGAAGACUAUUCAGUUGGAAUAUAGUGUACACAAUUGAGUACACAUUGAAGAAAAAGACGCUCAAGCUUUGCAAUGUUCACUUGCCAGUGACAUAGCUGGAUAUGUUUACAAUUAUAGGACCCUUCGCACGAUGCCUGUAGUGCAUAUUGUUUAUUUUAAUGCCUACUUGAAAAUCUGCAGAAAAUAAAAGACAUAUCGGCAGGCAGUAUGAAUAAGUUCUGUACAAACAAUAUUCACUUUCAUUACAAGUUCAUUGAGUGUGCUAAACAACAAUAAAACAAACUGUUCAACUGUUCAUCUCUGUUCAUCUCUGUUGGAUCAAUAACAAAAAAAGAUGAACUCUUCUAGCAGGAGCAAAGAGAGCUUCAGGGGAUUUAAAUCGUUGUCUUUUCGACACAAGGGAAAUAAUAAGAUUGUAAAGUCUCAUUCAUGCAGGAGUUUUAGAAAACCACCCACAGAAACGUACACAAACAUCAUCGCCGACGAUUCCGGCCGGAAUGUCAUAUCGGAAGUUUACGGCAAUUCCAGUUGUCAAACUUUGCCCCCGGAAAGUCACAUCCCCACAAGGCUUUCCGCACUUGAUUGGGCGAGAUGGAAAUUCUCACUUUUUCGUGAUUCGCUAAAGAAGCGGAAUAAUGACCGAUUUAUAGAGAAAGAUUUCGAGUACAAAGAGUGUGAUGACAACGCCGAUUGUUAUGAUACUCCAAAAGACUGUCAGGGUAUACACAAGUCUGAGAGUGGCGUGAAUGAAUAUUCAAACACUCUUUGUAAAGAGAAGUCUCAAAGCGCUGACAAUGUCAACAAAAAGACCACCCGUCAGCACACACUCGCUGGCCGAUUUCAUAUAGUUCGCUGGAUAGCGUCGAAAGUGUUGAAACUUCGGCGUCAUGCCUCUAAAAGGCCGAGAGUUACCAGAAGUAAUUACGAAAUGGCCCGCCCCAUAGAGGAGUCAGACAGCGUGUCCAUGACAUCAAGUAACGCUGACCCCGUGUACAUGGACCCUGUCCUCGCCUUCCCUGACCAGUGCAGUCCGGAGAAUGUCGUUGAGGUCCACAGAGAAUCGAACCCGUAUUUUGAGCUUGAGCCAGAGCAGCAAUACGAGACCGUGACCAUUGAUUCUGAUUCGAAGCCUGCGUUGUCAUUAACUAAGAACGCGGCACCGAGUCAGUACGCCAAGCUAGGAGAACAUAACAAGGUCUGUGAUGGAAAUAUUUAUGGCGAGUUGUCUCCAGGAUGCUAACCCUAGUACAUAACUCUAACAAUUUUCAAAAUAUAUGAUAGUUUAAUGAAAUCAUAAUUUUAACAUGACUUUCUAUUAUGAUUCUUUAUUGUCUGGUGUGACUACAGAGCCCCAACCACGAGACUAACUCUGCUUUAUAUGGAUUAUUUUAUCACAGAUAAGGAAUAUUUGAGACAAAAAGGAAAUCUACUGCCUAGGACAGACGUUAACGGCGAGAAGAGAAAAACCGAUAACCAGUGGUUAACACGGUCAAGUCAACGCUGGAAGCUGCAAACUAGGGUUUGCCUAGCCACGUGAAAUACUGCAUUCUUCCUUCAUCUAUAGAUUCAAAAAACUAGACAUUAUUAUUUAUUAUAAAAUAAAAAUCUAAGUUUCAGAUAUAUGUUUAUUUCUUUACUAUUAAGUACUGGGAAUAAUUUAUAUAACUCAUUAUUACAAAAGAAAAUGUUUGGUUUAUUGAGAAAAUGUACCAUUGUAUAAUCGUAAAGCGAAUGAGCUAUGCUAAUUGUGUUUUUCCUUGAUAAGCUGUUGUGUAGAAGAUUUGGAAAGCAGCAAUGGAUGUUGGGUCUGUGAGACUAUAUUUAUAAGAGAUGGUUGGGCGAACUUGAAAAUUACUGCAUUACAAAAUGAAUUAAGUAUGUUUCACGUGGUCAGGAAGAAAAAAAAAGCAUCUUUCAUUGUCCCUUCCAAUAUGCCGUUCCUCAAGGCCCUCUCCACGGUCAUGUUGCAGUACAGAGUAACCCUCAUGAAGCUAAGCCCCAGUUCUCACAGUGUUGGAGGAACCGGACUUAGCUCAAGUGGUCAUGACUCCACAGUUGUUGAUAGGAGAAGUUAGGGCUGAGAGUCGAUGCCCACAGUUGUUGAUAGGAGAACUUAGGGCUGAGAGUCGAUGCCCACAGUUGUUGAUAGGAGAACUUAGGGCUGAGAGUCGAUGCCCACAGUUGUUGAUAGGAGAACUUAGGGCUGAGAGUCGAUGCCCACAGUUGUUGAUAGGAGAACUUAGGGCUGAGAGUCGAUGCCCACAGUUGUUGAUAGGAGAACUUAGGGUUGAGAGUCGAUGAAGAGCCACCCUCUCUAAUAGCUGAUUUUUUUCCCCUUCGGCUAAACUUUUAAUUGGAAAGUCACAAUGGGACGCCACAGUUGACACGUCAUUGUUUUUAAAAAAGCCCUGAAGAAAAAUGAAGAAAAAUAGAAGUUAAGUGACUUGUCUAUUGUAGAUUGUCACGAUAAACUAAACCAUUUGCAGCACACUAAAUUGAACUGUUGCCUAACUAAAUGAAGAACAAGCGAGCUAUAAUUUUAAUAAGAGCCAAUCACUAGGUGGGGGCGCGGUGGCUAAUUGUUAAGCGGUUGGCUUCCUAACCUGGAGUCCGAAUUUUGGUGUAGAAUGAGAAUUUGAAUUUCGGGAUUUUUAUGGUGCCCAUGAGUCCACCCGACUCUAAUGAGUACCUGACUUACGUUGGGGAAAGUAAAGACGGUUGGACGUUGUGCUGGCCACAUGACACUCUACUCGUCAACUAAUGGCUAAUCAGAUGACUUUUACAUCAUCUGCCCUAUAGAUCCAAAGGUCUGAAAGGGGAACUUUACUUUCAUCACUAGGCGAUGUAGUUAAUUUUUCAUUCCCCCCCCCCCCCCCGUCUUUGAUUACCUCUAGUUGAACACGUCAUUUUAAUUAAAUUUUAAUUCAUUGAGUAACAGUCUAAUAUUGAAAUUGGCUAAAACUUGGUUCUGCAGUCCUAAACAGGGCAAAUAAAUAUCAUAGACUUAAAAAAAACAACACCCUAACCUAUCAACACUUUCUGUAUGUCGUACGCCGGAAACACCAAAAAGCUUUCUUGUUUUUCGUGAUAAAAAUCUCCAAAUAGAAUAUAAGUGAAAUGAUUGAGUGAAUAUGUACAGAGAAUGAAUGCCCAGCUGCCAAUGUUUUUUUUUUAAACCAUUAAUUUCUAAGUUUUUAAUAUGAAAACUGAUGAUGAAGACAAACUUCGCAAUACGCCAAAUAAUAAAUUAGUUUAAUUACACUCGAGAAACUAUCGUAAAGAAUAAAUACAUGACAUUACAUUGUCUUGGUGUAAAUUGUAUUGUAAAUAUCAUAUUUAUUUAUAUUCCAAAAAUUUACACUAAAAACACGCAAGCUUAUUCACAUGUGCAUGACUGGCCUGUGGGCAGUUUUUAUUUGAACUAUAGCUCGUUCCCACAUCACAGGUCGUAACUGUAGACAGGUGACAUGGCAACGAGCUAUUGGUCUAAACUGCCCACAGACUUAACGUUGCAGGCCUUCUAUAACGAUGGUCACGGUUUCUGUAACCCAGUUACCUUUCCUACGUUUAGUGAGUACUGGAAAUCAUUCAAAGCUGUUCUCAUGAAAAACAAAAGAAUAAAAAUAAAUUUAAAAAAAGGGUAUUUAUUGUUUACAAAUAUGUAUUUAUUGCAUGCGUGUAAAGGCUUAAACGUGAUUUUAUUAUUUUCCGUAUAUAUUUAUAAUUAUUUUUAACAUUUCAUUUUUGUGAAAUUUGAGAUAAGAGCCUCAUCAUCCCCUGUUGUGUAUUUAUAUUUCUUGUGUGUUGUGAACUGAUCUGUUCUUGUGUGUCAAAAUGUGUUGGUGUCCAGGUCAGCUUGUGUGUGUGUGUACUGUGUUAUCGUGAACUGUUUUGUUACUCUUGUUCAAUAAAACCUAGGAUCAAGACA